GGCGUGACGGAGGACGAUGACGUGCGCUUCAUGCUGCUGGGCUCCAGCCUGUGGAAGAUCCGCUCCCCCGGCUGGCAGAAGAGGGGGAGCUGAGGCUGCAGGAGGACGGCAUGACGGUGUGGUGUGAGACCCACAAGAGAGCCAAGAGGGCCCCCUCGCAGCAGACCUUCUCAGUGAUGGAUGUGCAGUGUGUGCUGGAGGGCUGUCAGUCGGAGGUGCUGCGGGGGCUGUGUGGCUCGAUCCCCGAGGCUCACUGCUUUACCGUGGUGUUCAGGGGGCCGCGCAGAGGCCUGGACCUGGCCUGCAGCUCGGAGGCGGAGGCACGCCACUGGAUCAGGGGGCUGCGGAGGCUGCAGGAGAGGGGCCAGACCAUGAGCCAGAGAGACAAACUGGAGCACUGGAUCUACGGGUACCUGCGCAGAGCCGACGCUGACAAGGACAACACGAUGAGCUUCAAGGAGGUGAAGAGCCUGCUGAGGAUGAUCAACAUAGAGGUGACUGAGCUGUAUGCACGACAGCUAUUCAAGCAGUGUGACCGCUCUGGGAAUGACCGCCUGGAGAACAGCGAGAUCGAGGAGUUCUGCCGGCGUCUCACGAGGAGGCCGGAGCUGGAGGCUCUGUUCUGCCGCUGCUCCGGGGAGGACUGCGUGCUCUCGGACGAGGAGCUGCUCGAGUUCCUGAGGGAGCAGGGAGAGGAGGCAACGCUGAGCCAGGCGAGAGAGAUCAUCCAGGAAUACGAGCUGAACGACACAGCGAAGCAGCAGCGGUUGAUGAUGCUCGAUGGCUUCCUGAUGUACCUGCUCUCGAAGGAGGGGGACGUCUUUAACCCUGCGCACGCCACAGUGUACCAGGACAUGAGCCAGCCCCUGAGCCACUACUUCAUCUCCUCCUCUCACAACACGUACCUGCUGCAGGACCAGCUCGGGGGCCCCAGCAGCACCGAGGCCUACCUCAGGGCUCUGAGUCGGGGCUGUCGCUGCGUGGAGCUCGAUUGCUGGGAGGGUCCGAACGGAGAGCCCAUCGUGUACCACGGACACACCCUGACCUCCAGGAUCCUGUUCCGUGAGGUCAUCGAGGUCGUGCGAGACUACGCCUUCAAGGCCUCCCCGUACCCCCUCAUCCUGUCUCUGGAGAAUCACUGCGGGCCGGAGCAGCAGGUGGUGAUGGCCCGACACCUGCGCUCCAUCCUGGGGGAGACCCUGCUGACCAAGAGCCCAGGGAGCAAAGGAACCAGGAGCCUGCCCUCCCCUGAGGAGCUGAAGGGGCGGAUCCUAAUCAAGGGGAAGAAACUGAGUGGGUCUGACAGCUCGUCCAGCUCAUCCGAUUCCUCAUCCUGCUCAGAGGAGGAGGAGGGGUCAGGAGAGGGGGGCGGGACCAGGACCAAAAACAAGAACAAAAAGAAGGAUUCUGUGAAGUGCUGCUCGUCGAGCCUCGCUCCGGAACUCUCUGAUCUCGUUGUGUUGUGCCGCAGUGUGCGUUUCCAUGGCUUCGACCACGCCUCCCAGCAGCCGGCCAAUGAGAUGUCAUCAUUCUCUGAGGGCAAAGCACGCCGUCUCAUCCGAGACUCAGGAAGCUCGUUUGUUCGUCACAACGCUCGGCAGCUGAGCCGGAUCUACCCCUCGGGUCUGCGCGCUCACUCCUCCAACUACAGCCCCCAGGAGAUGUGGAACGCAGGCUGCCAGAUCGUGGCGCUCAAUUUCCAGACCCCCGGGGAGGCGAUGGCUCUGAAUCAGGGGCGCUUCCUCCAGAACGGACUCUGCGGAUACACCCUGAAACCAGCCUUCCUGCGCAGCGCAGACUCCACCUUCGACCCCGAGCAUCCCGCCCGCGGACAGGGCUACCAAGCCAAGACCCUGACCGUCACGGUAAUCUCAGCCCAGCAGCUGCCCAAGCUGAAUCCGGAGCGGCCGAACUCCAUCGUGGACCCGCUGGUGAGGGUGGAGCUGCACGGGGUGCCCGCCGACAACGCCCGUGCUGAGACCCCCCACAUCAACAACAAUGGGUUCAACCCACGGUGGAACCACACCCUGGUGUUCGACGUGGGGGUCCCGGAGCUGGCGCUGGUCCGGUUCGUAGUGGAGGACCACGACACCACCUCCAGCAACGACUUCGUGGGACAGUUCACCCUGCCCUUCACCAGCCUGCGCCAAGGGUACCGGCACAUUCACCUGCUCUCUGCGGACGGUGCCCCCAUCUCCCCCGCGUCUCUCUUCGUUCACAUCAAGGUGUCAGAGCUGUCCAGGAGCCAGUCUGUGUGAGCCCCCCAGUGCGGGGGUCCCUCAGGAGCAGAGGGGCUCUCGCUGUGCCUCAGGGUUGUGCAGUGCUGGCAGAGAGCAGCCGACUCAGUGCCCCGAACACUGGCACUCUGUAGCACUGCGUCACAGCACCGACUCACAGAGGAUGUCCUACAUGUUUGUAAAUUAUUCAUUAAUCAUUUUUUUUAGAAUACGUUUUAAUGUAGUUUUGUUUAUUUCAGGCAGCCCUGUUUGUUUUUCCAAUAGGAAGCGUCCCUCUUUAGAGUUCGCGAUGGUUUAGCAUUCCCAAACUCGCUACUGUGUGACAUUCCAGGGCAUCGAGAGCUUCUGUAAUCAUUGCAUUAUUUUAUAUAUAUAUAUAUAUAUGUAUUAUUAUAGAGUAUUUAGUUUCGACCUGAGGUUCCGCAGACACUGUAGUUUUGUAUGGAAAUAUUUUAACAUUUAUUUUUAAAUAUCCGUAAUUCAGUUUGCUUUUAUUAAAGAACUCAAAGGGUGAGUCCCGUUGGAAUCGGAAGGAUAUUUGGCCGAGCUCACUGCUAAUAAUAGAGCGUUUCUGGUUUCCUUUAGUAAGAAAUCUGUUUCCUGAAGCAAUAAUAUGUAAUGAUAUAGGAUUCCUGUAGGGCUGAGUUUCUUUCUGUUUGUAAUGUUAAAACAAACGUUUUAGUGGCUCCUUCACAAAUCAGGGAUAGAUCAAAGGUUUUCCUGAAGCCUCAAAUCAGAGCUGUAAAACCGACAGGUGUUUCAGUCUCAGCUCUGCUGUGCCUGCAGGGGCGUGUUGCACCAGGCAGUUUGUGAUUUGGGGGUGUUUUUUUUUUUUCUUCAAUGAAUAACAUUAAUUUAGUAAUAAACAUUAAUAAAUUAAUUUCAGCUCCCUAACCACCGGGAGACGACAUCCCUUAAACAGAGCUGCUGCGUGCUAUUACAUCACCUCUUAGGAGGCUGCGUGGUCCAGUGGUUAAAGAAAAGGGCUUGUAACCAGGAGGUCCCCGGUUCAAAUCCCACCUCAGCCACUGACUCACUGUGUGACCCUGAGCAAGUCACCUAACCUCCUUGUGCUCAGCCAUUCGGGUGAGAUGUAAUUGUAAGUGACUCUGCCGCUGAUGCAUAGUUCACACACCCUAGUCUCUGUAAGUCGCCUUGGAUAAAGGCGUCUGCUAAAUAAACUAAUAAUAAUACUGGAUAACUCCAGAGCCCUCCUGUGCAGGGCUAGAAAUCACCCAGGCUGAUUAUUUAUUUUAUAUAUAUAGAGAUUCAAUUAUCAUUCAUUGGGUUAUAUAGUAACCUAAUUUCAGUAAUCAUUACAUAUUUUAUUAGUGCCCUCGCGACAGUAAAACAAGUUUUUAUCAUGUGACCAGGGGUCAGAGCUGCAGCACUGCUGCAUCCUUUUGUGUUUGGACAGGGAUUUGAAACUGAAUAAAAACCUCUCUCUCUCCUCUCAAUGUUUUGACAUGAAAACUUCCCAUUUCACAACCAGCAUGCGGUUAAAUCCUUCACACUGCUGCCACUGGACUCUUGACCGGAGGGUCGUGGGUUCAAUCCCAGGUGGGGGACACUGCUGCUGUACCCUUGAGCAAGGUACUUUACCUAGAUUGCACCAGUAAAAACCCAACUGUAUAAAUGGGUAAUUGUAUGUAAAAAAUAAUGUGUAAAAAUGAUGUAAUUGUAUGUAAAAAUAAUGUGAUAUCUUGUAACAAUUGUAAGUCGUCCUGGAUAAGGGCGUCUGCUAAGAAAUAAAUAAUAAUAAAACUAGAUGGUAACUUUA